AUGAGGGUGAAGUGUUGCAAACUGCGUAGGAAAGUCCACACAGAGCAUAAACACAUAGAGGAGAUAUGUGGCUCUGUGGAUUUGGACACAACCUCUACCUGGAGUAGGCGCGUCGCUCACGUGAUUGAGGAAGAAGAGAACUCGCAGUGUGAGGAGUCAGUGCUGAGAACCAACACGUUUUUAGUGACGGCGGAAAUACACAAGUACGAUUCACCGACUCAAAGUAAUCUGCAGGAUUCUGAGUUACAAGCGAAGACGAGCAGAGAUCCAGAGCCAACAGAAACUCAAUCUGCGAAACUGGAGACUUCAUCGAGGACCAACGUCGAGGCGAGAGAAGCGAUGUCCGAAAACAAAGACAUUGGACCGACCCGACCCCAGGCAGACAUUUUUGAAAACCUUAAACUGAUGGAAGAACACAGAUUGCUCACCCGCCAUCUGUUUUAUGCAGCAAUUGAGAAAAACAAAAGACUGGCGGCCGAGAUUGAGCGCCUUAAGGAGAAGUCGGAGCAGGAGAAUGCAGCGUUCCAGGCCGCGAUGAAGCAAAAAGACAGCGAAAUAAACAAGAUCAGAUUCCACGAACAGGAUCUCAAGGAUGCAGUUGGCUCGCUCCACACACAAUACAACAAACUGGUGGAAGCCUUUGUAGCUUACCGGUCUAUGUCAGAGGAAAAACGUUUACUCAUAGAGGAGACUUUGAAAGAGAGAGAAGAGUCUUUGCGGUUGCUCCAAACUGAAGACGUCGAGUUAAAGGAACGGGGUGUGGACUACGAAAACCCCAGUGCAUCUGUUAGCGGUGAAAUUAGGAGCAAAGACGAGUUUUUCCAAAGUCCAGUCACUACAGAUCAUUCUCCCGCUGUGUUAGCCCGGUUCCCCCGGUGUGAGGUGAUCCUGGUUCCCCCGGUGCUGCAAGGGCGGAUGAAAGUGGCGAACGAGAGGCACAGUAAAACCAUCACCCAGCGGGGACACGUCCAGAAGACCUCGCGGCCAGUGAAUGAGGAAAAGUCUCCGGUUGGCCCUUGGCUCCUGGCGCUCUUCGUGUUUGUGGUUUGUGGAUCAGCCAUCUUCCAGAUUAUCCAGAGCAUCAGACAGGGCAUGUGA